AUCUCCAUUUUCCGGUCUGUUCCGUUGCUAAGUAACAACUCUUGUACGCGUCGUCUCUAGCUAGUUAGGAGCUAGUCAAAUGCUUUCUAUACGAGUUUGGACAUUCAAACGAUUUCAGGUGAUUUGUAGUUGUUAAAACUACUCAUUUGAAGUCAUGACAACAAUAAAAGAUGGAGAAUACACGGCUACGAUCUACAAACUGAUUAAAGACGGCCAGUAUGUGGAAGCAAUUCACAUCCUGAAUGGGCAACUACAGAAACACACAAAGUCCAGGGCGGCGCUGUCUCUGCUGGGAUUUUGCUACUAUCACAUCCAGGACUUCACCAACGCUGCAGAGUGCUACGAACAGCUCACCCAGCUGCACCCGGAGGUGGAGGAGUACAAGGUGUACUACGCCCAGUCCCUGUACAAAGCUGGUGCUUAUGCUGAAGCCACCAAGGCCUCCUUCGUACUGGACACCACCAGCAGUCACACCAAGAUGGUCAAGUUGCAAGCCUGUAUCAAAUAUUGUGAGGAAUAUUACUCAGCUGCCAAGUCACUGCUGGAGCAGCUGCCACAGGACGACCCGGACUACAUCUACAAUAUGGGCUGUUUGCUUUACCAGGACGGCAAGUACGAGGAGGCCUGCAAGAAGUUCACGUCUGCCAUGCAGGUGCUGGGAUACGUUCCAGCGUUGUCCUACAACAUCGCCUUAUGUUACUACAGCCUGAAGAACUACGACCAGGCCCACAAAUACAUCGGAGAGAUCAUAGAACGAGGCAUCAGAGAACAUCCAGAGCUGAGCAUCGGGAUGACGACAGAUGGCAUUGACUUCCUCAGUGUGGGCAACACCCUGGUGCUGCAUCAGACCGCCCUGAUCGAAGCCUUCAACCUCAAAGCUGCCAUCGAGUACCAGCAGAAGAACUUAAAAGCAGCUCAGGAGGCUCUGACAGAUAUGCCCCCCCGAUCAGAGGAGGAGUUGGACCCGGUGACACUCCACAACCAGGCUCUGUUGAACAUGGACACGAAGCCGUCGGAGGGUUUUGAGAAGCUUGCCUUCCUGCUGCAGCAGCCCUCCUUCCCCCCCGUCACCUUCGGAAACCUGCUGCUGCUGUACUGCAAACACGAGUAUUUUGAUCUGGCAGCUGACGUCUUGGCAGAAAACGCACAUCUCACCUACAAGUUCCUCUCACCAUACAUGUACGAGUUUCUCGAUGCCUUGUUGACCUGCCAGACGGCACCGGAGGAGGCGUUUAGGAAGUUUGAUGAGAUGAUUGCCAAACUGACCGAACAGUUACGCAAGUUGGCCAAGCAGUUGCAGGAAGCCAGACUGGCUCGAGACGAUGAAGGACAGAAGAAAGCCCUGCAGGACUACGACCUGCUGCAGGAGAAGUACAUCGUGGUCCUGAUGGCUCAGGCUAAGAUCUACUGGAACCGGGAGAACUUCCAGAUGGUGGAGAAGAUUUUCCGCAAGUCGGUGGAGGUCUGCAACGAGGACGACACCUGGAAGCUGAACGUGGCUCACGUGCUCUUCAUGCAGAACAAAUACAAGGAGGCCAUCGGCUUCUACGAGCCCAUCGUCAAGAAACACUACGAUAACGUGGAGCAGUGUAACAUUCAGGAGUGUCCAUGCAAGUGCAAACCUUCGAUCCUGAAUGUCAGCGCUGUCGUCCUGGCCAACCUGUGUGUGUCCUACAUCAUGACCAGCCAGAACGAAGAGGCUGAAGAGCUGAUGAGGAAGAUCGAGAAAGAGGAGGAGCAGAUCUCCUACGACGACCCCGACAAGAAGGUCUUCCACCUGUGUAUAGUCAACCUGGUGAUCGGGACUCUGUACUGUGCCAAGGGCAACUACGACUUUGGCAUCUCUCGUGUCAUCAAGAGCCUGGAGCCUUACAACAAAAAGCUGGGGACGGACACAUGGUUCUACGCCAAGCGGUGCUUCCUGUCUCUGCUGGAGAACAUGUCCAAACACAUGGUCAUGCUGAGGGACGCCGUGGUACAGGAGUGUAUUCAGUUCCUGGAGCACUGCGAGGUUUACGGGAAGGAAGUGCCGGCCAUCAUCGAGCAGCCUCUGGAGGAGAUCCGCAUUCACAUCGGCAAGAACACCGUCACCUACGAGGCGCGCCUACUCAAGGCCCAGUUCUACGAGGUCAUCGGCUGGAACAAGUGACGUCAUCGCGCGGGUGUCGCUGUCAUGCGUGAGGUUUGCUGAUCCCCGUUUUUGACAGAUCACAGACAUUACAGACUGCAGCCAGCGGAGGCUUUCUGUCUUAAACUCGAAGGAUAAAAUGGAUUUAAAGACAAUCAUCUCACUGAUGUGUUGUGAGUCAGGCCUGCUGUGCAAGCUUUAGAUUUCUGGGAAUCAAAAUCAUCUUCCAGGUUCCUGACUUUCCUCUGGGCAGCUCUUGGACUCAAUCCUUCACACACACACACACACACACACACACACACACACACACACACCAGGGGAACCUUUUGUUUUGAAGUUGAGUUGAGCUGUGGGAGUUUUGGCAGGAAGAUAAAAUCCCAGUCUGCUCCAGCAGAUCUUACAUAAUCAGUUUGUGUUUUUUUUUUUCACUUUUUCAAAGAAG